AUGGCAGACGAGCCUGGCUCCCUCAACUGGCGCCUCAGCGCCCAUCCCAUCACUCUCCUCACAUAUCUAGGCUUUCGAAUAGGAAGUCUCCUCAUGUACCUCUUCGGCGUCCUCUUCAUCCGCAACUUCGUCCUGGUCUUCAUCUUGACCCUCCUACUGUUGUCCGUAGAUUUCUAUUACCUCAAAAACAUCGCCGGCCGUCGUCUUGUGGGCCUUCGCUGGUGGAAUGAAGUUAACACCUCUACUGGUGAUUCGCACUGGGUCUUUGAGUCUGCGGCAGGGACAGGGAGGGUGGAGAAUAAGACGGACAAGAGAUUCUUUUGGUUGAGCAUGUACAUUGUGCCGGCCUUGUGGGUUGGCCUUGCAAUUCUUGCAUUGGUUAGGCUGCAGAAUUUGAUUUGGUUGGUCACGGUUGUAAUCGCAUUGAUUCUCACAAUUACCAACACUGUCGCCUUCUCUCGCUGCGACAAGUUCAGCCAAGCGUCGAGUUUUGCGGGAUCGGCCCUCUCGGGCUCUGGACUUGCCAGAAGUCUGGCGAGUAACAUGAUGGGACGUUUUUUCAGGUGA